CUUCCCUGUUUUCAUCCCACGGUUCGAACAGUUGGAGGUGGUUGUAGCCUGGGAUCGGACGGUGUGGUCACGGAGAGAAGACCCGGAACCCUCCACAGCAAUAAUGAAGUUCGUUCGGUUUAUAAUGAAAAAUGCCGCCUUGGCCAGCGUCCCCAAACAUAUCGAGCAUUUCUCUAAAUUCUCCCCCUCACCGCUCUCCAUGAAGCAGUUUCUCGAUUUCGGUUCCAUCAACGCCUGUGAGAAGACAUCUUUUGUCUUCUUGAGACAGGAACUCCCUGUAAGACUUUCCAACAUUAUGAAGGAAAUUAACCUCUUGCCUGACAAACUGCUCACCACCCCAUCGGUGCAAAUGGUGCAGAGCUGGUACAUCCAGAGUUUAAUGGAGAUCCUUGAAUUUCUAGACAAGAAUCCUGAUGACCACAAAGUCCUGGGGGAGUUUGUUGACGCAUUAGUUACCAUCAGAAACAGGCACAACGAUGUAGUGCCAACCAUGGCCCAGGGCAUCAUAGAAUACAAAGGGGCCUUCCCACAGGACCCAGUAACCAACCAGAACAUCCAGUACUUCCUGGACCGCUUCUACAUGAGCCGCAUCUCUAUCCGCAUGCUCAUCAACCAGCAUACUCUUAUUUUUGAUGGCACGACCAACCCUGUCCACCCCAACACCAUCGGGAGCAUUGACCCUCACUGUCAAGUUGCAGAUGUAGUCCAGGAUGCCUUCCACAGUGCCAAGAUGUUGUGUGACCAGUACUACCUCCGCUCCCCUGAUCUGAUACUGCAAGAGAUGAACAACAAGAAGAAGAACCAUUCAAUAGGCAUUGUAUACGUGCCCUCUCACCUUUAUCACAUGCUCUUCGAGCUCUUUAAGAAUGCUAUGAGGGCCACUAUUGAGACCCAUGAGAACAGCAACAACCUGCCACCCAUUCAGGUCAUGGUGUCUUUGGGAGGCGAGGACAUGUCAAUCAAGGUGAGUGACAGGGGUGGUGGUGUCCCGUUCCGCAGGAUUGAGAAUCUUUUCAGCUACAUGUACUCCACUGCUCCUGCUCCACAGAUAGGAGAGCACACACGGCCUCCACUGGCUGGCUUCGGCUACGGUCUGCCCAUCUCUCGUCUCUACGCCAAGUACUUCCAGGGGGACCUGCAGCUCUACACCAUGGAGGGCUACGGCACAGACGCUGUCAUCUACUUGAAAGCGCUGUCCACAGACUCCAUCGAGAGGCUGCCGGUGUACAACAAAACUGCUCUGAAGAACUACAAAGUGAGCCAAGAGGCUGACGACUGGUGCAUUCCCAGUAAAGAGCCCUUAGAUCUGAGCAACUAUAAGGUGGCCAAGUGAAAAUGUCCCCCUGGUCAGGUGUUUCAAACCUAAGUACCACGAAGCCUCCAGAAUAUCUGCCUUCAUAUUCCCGUGUCAUCAUCUGCUAAGGCACAUGGGUACAGUCUGAUUUUAGCAGUAGCAUGUUCAUGUUGUUUUCAGUCCCUGUUGUCCUUCUGGGUUCAUCAUAAGAAAAUAGACAAAUAGAAAACAGCUACUAACAGACAAUACUUGUCACUCACCUCUGAGACUUUGGAGAUGCAGCUCCAAAGCUGCUAAAAUAACAUAGCAUCAACAGGGAGUGUGUGUGGACACAAAGCCCAGAGUCACGUGUAGGUAGGGAGAGAGAGAGGCAGCACCCGGCAUGUUGUGAGUAAAAAAAGAAAAGUGUGAAUAUGAGUGGACCUAUCAAGAGUAACAGAGGAGGGUUUGGGUUUUCCAGUUUCAGACAUUACACAUGCAAUAAGGUUUUGCAGCAGAUGUUCGAAGAGGGACAUAAAGAGAUAUUCAGUUAGACAGGGAACCUGUUGUUGAACGACUGUAAAAGAACCAGACCCUGUCACCCAAGCCUUAUAGUAGCAACUUCACCCAAAGGCUCCUUUCAUUGAAAUUACUUGAACUAUUUAAACUAAUACUCUUGUUGCACGUUGUUAAAUUUUAAGUACUGUAACACUGUGGAGUCUGUAGAUUUGAACAAAUGUAUGGCUUUGAAGUUGAGUGGUUUUGUGCUCUGUGCAUGGAUGUUUAUUUGGGCUUUUGAUAUUUCAGUCUUUAAAACGUUAAUCAUAGUAUUUUCACUGACUGGUAAGAUACAGUGUUAUCUUAACAUCAGUCUUUUGGACCAGCCUGAAUGUGAUCCACACUUCUGUGCAUCCAUUUGCAUUAAUUACAGAGAUAAAGAGUAUUGUAUGAUACAAAGUACAGCACCGUGGGGCCCACGUUCUCUAAUAUACAAUGUUGUACAGCCGGUUGGUCUGGAGUUUUAAUGCUUUAACAGAUUUCAGUGGAGGCCAGUGUUAUUAAACCCCAGAAGGUAGUUCAUGUCAUGUUUGAGUUCGGUACCAGUCUCUGAUCCGAUAAGGCACGGCCGGUCUCGGACUCUUUAUUACACUGUGCCAUAUGAGGACAAAAUGCCCUGGGUCCAUAUGUGUUUAAGAAGAACAGUUUUCUUUGUAUUAUAUUUAUCUUAAUCAUACAGUGUGUUAAAGCUUAUUUUUAUAGCUACACUUUUGUGACUGAAAUUAUUGUAAAUACUGUAAAUACAAUACAGAUAAUUAAAAACAAACAGCUUCAGUUCAAAA